AUGGCGUCCGACUCUUUCUCCGACGUGGAGCAGCGUAAUCGCCUCCCGACGCUCUUUGAAGUCCUCAGUCGCCGCACCCUCGCCCCCGUCGACCUCUUCUCAUUCUACAUUUACAUGCGUGACCAGCAGCGCUCCGUGGAUUAUCUGGACUUUUGGCUCGAUGUCUCACAACACAUGUCCCUGUGCCGACACUAUGUUCGCGAACUCCGCCGCUCCGUCCUGGUUGCGACACCCGAAAUGGAGAGAGCCGACAGCAAACGGUCAUCUGCAAUGCUAGAAAAUUUGGAGAAUCUAGGGGAGAUCCCCUUGGGGGAGGCUGGGCCUUCGCAUCUGCGGAAUGAAUUUUCAGGAAACGAAAAAGAGAGGGAUGCCGACCAACGGCUGUCGGCUUUCCUACGCUCUGAUGGUCAUACUUCAUCGCACUCGCCGCAGAACAGUCUCGGAUCACAAUCAGCUGACCGGACGCCCUCCCAUGAUCAACAACCGCGCGCCAGCUCGGGUACCCGGAAUGGUGACCACCAUUCCCCUGGACACACCGUGGCACGCAAUGAUAUUCGCGCCAGCGCCGAGAAGAUCUUGUACACCUAUUUGCUUCCCGGAUCCGAGCGCGAGAUUAUUCUACCCGAGGCCAUGGUCUCGACAAUUAUUAAUCUGGUCGAAGAUGAUGGUCGGGAUGACCCCGAGGUCUUUGAUCCCGCCAAGGACUACGUGUUCCAGGCUAUGGAACGCGAUGCAUUCCCGGGAUUCUUGCAGGCUAAGGCUCUGGGGAAUAUCGUUCCCCUGAGCACCCUGGCGCGUCUCGCCUUUGCUCUAAUCAGUUUCGGUGGAGGGUUCUGGGGCGCGUUCUACGUGGUUUUGCGGAACAAGCCUCGCCAUAUUCGCUGCUGGGUCAUUCUUCCGUUUGCCGUCGCAGCCUACUUCAUCGUCUCAUACCAGUACAAAAUUGAUCCCGCCAUGGCUUUCGUGGGCUACAGCGAAUACACCUUUAUGAACUGGGCACCGAUCCGCGAGCCUUACGUGCGCAAGCUCUUGAACAAACGUGCCCUUGUCACUGCGCUGAUUGCUUUCUUGACGGCCGCGGCAUUGAGUAUCUUGUUUAUUUUCGUCCCGGGCACCAUGUUGUGA